CCGAUCACGCAGCAUCAACGCGUUCCUGUCUAUCUCGGCGCGUUCCUCGACGACUGGCUAGUGGAGCGGGUGGUCAUGCGGUAGUCUCGUGGCUGAGGUCACUGUCGACAUCGUAUAAACAGUCGCGCGGACCAGGUGGCCUCCGUCCCCCCCAACCCGCGCCACCCACAUCCCCAUACACGCACCAUGCCGCUCAUCGAGUCAUCCGUCGAGACCCUGCGCGCCGACAUUGCCGCCGGACCUAGCCCCCUCUUCGUCAUCUUCUCCUCCAAGCCUGGGGACGACGGCAAGCCGUGGUGCGGGUUCUGCGUCAAGGCCGAGCCUGAUAUCGAGCGCAUCUUCGCUGGAGAGCCGUACGGCCUGUUGGUGAAGUACGGCCCGAACGACAUCACCGACCCCGCCAACUGGGUGUUCGAGGACUGGCGCCUCCCCGGCGUGCCUGCCAUCUUCCGCGUCGAAGACGGCCAGCCCGCCCCGCUGCCAACGACCUACACGGACGACUUUGCCGCCGACCUGCAGGCGUACAUUGCUGGCCCGGACCAGUGGGAGGAGCAGCUGAAGAAGACCGAGGGGGACAAGUACCAGCCCUUUGAGGUGCGCCUUGCCGAGCACAACGCCCAGUUUGACAAGAUCAAGGUGCUCAUUGCUGAGCACCGCGCCAAGGAGGCCGCGAAGAAGGCCGAGGAGGAGGCUAAGGAGAAGGCGGGGGGCGGGGCCAAGGUGUGUACCGGCGACGUGUGCCUCGUGUAGCGUGCACGAGUUAUGAGGCUAGCCUGAUGGACUUCUGAAGAACCGAG